GAGUACACAAAGCGGCGGGUGAGGGGAAGCUUCGCAGGCGUGCACGGAGCAGUGAGAUCACUGGCGUUAUAAAUAUCCCAGUGCCAGCGCCGAGAUCCGUUCGGGUGGCCUCCCUCUCUCUCGCUCCCCACCUCUCCCUCUCUCUCUUCCCCGAGGCUAUGUCCACCCGGUGCGGCGAGGGGGGCAGCGCCAGAGGCACGCAGCCGCGCGGGGGCUACGAAGCCCAGAACCAACCCUGCAAGAUGCACUUAGGACCCCCGCGGCUGGAAGCAUGAGCUUGUCCUUCCUCCUCCUCCUCUUCCUCAGCCACCUGAUCCUCAGCGCCUGGGCUCAAGAGGAGAAGCGCCUCGCACCCAAAGGGCAGCCCGGACCGGCUGCCACCGAGAGGAACACGGGAGGCUCCAGCAGCCGCCGGAGCAGCAGUAGCACCGCGUCUUCCUCUUCUUCCCCUGCCUCCUCCUCCUCCGCGGCUUCUCGGGGCGGCCCAGGAAGCAGCUUGGAGCAGAGCAGCUUCCAGUGGAGCCCCUCGGGGCGCCGGACCGGCAGCCUCUACUGCAGAGUGGGCAUCGGUUUCCAUCUGCAGAUCUACCCGGAUGGCAAAGUCAAUGGCUCCCACGAAGCCAAUAUGUUAAGUAUUUUGGAAAUAUUUGCUGUGUCUCAGGGGAUUGUAGGAAUACGAGGAGUUUUCAGCAACAAAUUUUUAGCGAUGUCAAAAAAAGGAAAACUCCACGCAAGUGCCAAAUUUACAGAUGACUGCAAGUUCAGGGAGCGAUUUCAAGAAAACAGCUAUAAUACCUAUGCCUCCGCAAUACACAGGACUGAAAAGACGGGGCGGGAGUGGUACGUGGCCCUGAACAAGAGGGGGAAGGCUAAACGGGGCUGCAGCCCCCGGGUUAAACCUCAGCACGUCUCUACCCACUUUCUGCCAAGAUUCAAGCAAUCGGAGCAGCCGGAACUUUCUUUCACAGUUACUGUUCCCGAAAAGAAAAAGCCACCUAAUCCCGUCAAGCCAAAGGUUCCCCUUUCCACACCUCGGAGAAGUCCUAACACCGUGAAAUACAGACUCAAGUUUCGCUUUGGUUAAGACUUACUUUGGUUUUGUGAGAAACCAUGGAGUCUCCUCAGGAGUUUCUGCAGCUGUCUUUCGUGCUCUGAAGACAACUUCUUGGACACAGCUUCAGCUAUACACUACACUGUAUUGAAGUCAGGUCAUUUGUUUCAGCUUGACUGAAACAAAAAUGUUUUCUGAUAGUAACUGAACUGGAAUUCUUUGUACCAAUAUAGGGAGUUCACGACGACAUAAAGCCUUUUGCUUUAUGCUUGGUGCAUACAGGGAUUCUUUUUCGGAAAGUUCAACAGUGGGGACUAUGUAUUUUUCUGACUUUUACAGAUCAACCUGAAGAAAACAUACAUGAUACAUUUUUAUUUUUGGUUUCCAAAGAAUAUUUUGAUGGAGAUAAGAGUAUUUUAUUAGAUUUUGUUUUUUGUUUUUUUUUUUUAAAAAGUACCUCUGCAUUGAGCAUAUUUUCUUACUUUUAUUAUUUCUAAUUGAUAAGAUAUGAAACAACCAUUUUAAUGCAGUUUAUGAAUUAUAAAUAUGUUUAUAGACCAUUUUUAACACGUGGAUUUCUUUUUCAUUGUUCUCAUUCAUUGCACUUUUAAUUUUUAUUAUGAUUGUUUUUCUACCAUACCUCAGAUCAUGUAAGUUUAAUUUUACAUCUUAAAAUGUUUAAAUUCUCUUCAACAGCACCAAAGGCUCAGCUUGUGUUUGUGUGUGUGUGUGUGAGUGAGUGUGUGUAAAUUCAUGAUUUUAUAUAUGGAAUCCUGUCUCUGUGGUGGCUGGGCUAUAAUGGGUUAGAAGUAAGGAGAAAAUGUAAGGAAUUUUUGGUGGAAUUAAAAGUUGAGGCAAGGAAAAGAAUUAGAGGUUCAAGUGCACUGAUUUUGCAGUGUUUAUUGAUAGCUAAUUCUGCCUUGCCUUCACUCCCCGUUUUAUCUACCCCCUGCCCUCAUUCUUUAAAGCUGGAGAAAUACAUUUUAUUCUGUCCAUCAAGCAUAGACUAUGAAACCAGAGUGCUUAAAAUACCUCUUCUAUGACCUUCUGCUAUCUCCACUGUAUAGAUCCACAGGGAGCAACCCACUUAGUGGAAAAACACGGAGAACCGAAGGAAAUGAAUCAUGUAACAGUUAUCCAUGUCAAGUCCCAUUAUCUAAAAUAUUCUUAUUACUCAAACACUCUUUGAGUUUCCUAUCCUAAAGGUAACCACCUCAGUGAAUAGAUCUGCCCUUUUAUAAGGAAAAUUUCUGAUGUAUAUUUUUAAAUAGUUGGCUAUGUGACAUGGGAAACUUAAUCUGAUGAGUUGAAAAUGGCACUUAAAUGUCAACCCAAAUACUGAAUGUUCGGUAUAAGACAGAAAAUUUAACUGAAAAGAAUUUACAUAAUUUAUUUUCUUGGGUAAUCAUUUUUAUGGAGUUCUAUGAGAUAGAAGUAUUUUCUUCAGAAAGGUGGCAAUAAAAAUGGUAAAGCUAAUGUUUAAAAGUAUGUCCCACAGGAAGAGCAAAAAUUGUACACAGAAAGUUUGUGAUUUGUAUUUAAGUACGUUUCUUUUCUUUUAAAAGAUAUUGCUAAACUUUUUUUUUUAGAAACACAGUAUAGUUUAUUUUGAUUCACAAAUGCAAAGUGGAAACUCAACAAAAUUGAACUUACUACCAUUUAAACAGAUUGCUAUGUUUCAAUAGAAACUAUACACAUACAUAUUAUAUAUAAUUUAUAUAAA